GAAGCCAUUUUGCUGUCUCCUAAUAGUCUACAUAAGGGGUGAGAUCGAUGCACAGUCAUCAGUCUAUCAAAUUAGUCAGCACAAUGUACAUCGUACAAUUAUUCGUCAUAAUUUGGUACCUCUGCGGAGAGGCUCAUGCAGCAAAUAAAUAUACUUCAAUGCGCUGCGCAACCAUAAUCCAAGCAGACUCAGCACCCUACGAAUAUCGAAUUGCUGAUGACAACCCACUAUUGACAGGUAUGAACAAGUCCACAACGGGUUGGUAUCGCAGCAUUAAUUGGAAACAAGAUGUCAAAUCGGGUUUGAAGCUGUCGUACAAGAGGGAUGAAUUGAAGGAUCCAAAUUCAUGGUGGUACGAGAGGGCUAAGGGUACGGUUGAUCUGUGUGAUUUGAGAUUAAGAGACGAGGCUGGCUCCUGGGCUUAUCUUGUCCGGGAUGCCCUUGGAAUAGCAGAGGGAUGUCCUGUACCAGCGGGAGACGUGAAAACUGAUGGUGGUUUUUUCUCUGGUGGACGAUGCAGAGAUGUUACAUUGGACACCACCGACUCCUGGGGAUACAAUCGAAAGCACAGGUUGUUCCUCGAUGUGACAGAUGAUGGUGGUAAUAAAUUACUUGAAGGAGUCCUCGAUGUUUUCUAAGAGUUAAUUAUUUGUAAUUUUACGGAUUUUACUUAUGUAUAUUUUAUGAUACAUUCUCACACUAGUUCGGGAAGAACUUUUAUAGUGAAUAUAUGGUUGUAUUUUAUUUUUCCUUC